AUGCACAACAAGGAAGAAGACGCCAAAAAGUCCCCGCGAUUGGAUGUUUGGGGAUUCGCCUUGAUUUUACAGGAAGUGCUGACUUUGGAACAUCCUUUCGGCCGAGUCGAUGGUCGACCAGCGCUCACUGGAGAAAUAUUGGCAAACAUUCAAACUGGAAAACGGACGUCGCUGUUUGAAAUCUUCGGCGAAACGGAUGAAGUUGAAAUGUUUGAAGUUCUCCUCGAAAAAUGCACCAAAGUUGAUAGGACCGAGAGGCCGAGAAAUGCGAUUGAGCUGCGAAAUGAAGCUUUCUUCCUUGAAUUCUUGAAGCGAAUCGAAAAUGGCGAGCAAGCGAGCAACAUAGUUCCGUCUCCUUUUCCAAAUGAAAAUGACGAAGUUGAACGAUUUAAAGAAGAGAUGAGGCAAAAGGACAGGACGAUUCAAGAACUGCGAAACCGACUCGCGAAUUUCGAUGAAAUCAAGGAAGAAAACCAGAAAAAAGCCGCGAUCAUUAAUCAACUACAAGAUCGACUGAACACUUUCAACGAAAUUAUGGAAGAUCGACUAAACGAAGAGAAGAAGCAAAAAGAAGAAGCUCUUGCCGCUCAAAAUCGAUUUGCGAGUGCUCAGGAGUUUGAGGUGGCGGAGAAUGGAUGGAAUCUUAAAUUCCGAGGUGGUCGUCAGGGUUAUGGAGGAGAUGGUUGGCAUCGUCUCGUGAUCUGGAGCAAAGACGGCGGAGUUCGAUUCAAAGCGGUGGUGCAGGAGAUUGAUUAUGAAAAUGGAGAGCUGCUGAGCAGAGGAGAGGUAACAAGUGAGCCAGAUGGACAGAAGCAGAAAAUCAAAAGCAAGUACGGAGACUAUCGUCACGGCUGCUUUGUAAGAUACAACAUCACUUUAAGAUUCAAACUAUUUUCUUCUUUUGAUCUAUUUUAA